CUGGCCGUACGACUUGUCUGCCCACGCAGCCUUGGUGCGCAGCUUCUCAACCAGGCGGCUGAAAAAACCGUUGGCCUCUCUGCCCCACACACCAUCCACCGUGACGCACAAGGGGGUGAAGUGGAUGGACUUGUCCUCGCACACAUGGCUGUGGUGGGCCUUCUUGGUCUUGGCCUUGCUCUUGAGGAUGGAGGCGGUGGAUUGCUUGCGGUAGGACGGUGCGUCAGCGUUCGUCACGCAUACGUCGAACGACACGUCCUUCUGCCUCUCCCACACCCCUCUCACCACCAUGUCCGUCCGCACCCCCUUCUCCCCCUCCUCCCCCUCCUCCUCGGGCUCCACGAUCACCACCUCCUUCCUGACCGCCGACUCGCCCCAAGCCUUGGCAGAAAGGUCGCACAGCACGUCCACCACCUCGUUGUGCCGCCGAAUCACCAACCCACCCACCCCACAGUUGAGGGCGUGGUCGAGCGAGUAUGCAGCCCCGCAGCCGUCGCAGUGGGUGGGCAUCUUGGGAGGUUCGUAGGCGUAUCGGAUGGCCAUGUUGUCGCGGAACUCGUCAGGCGUCAGGUCGGUGUGGUCCUCUGCAUCAGGGCGGCAAGUCACCCACCCGGCCGUCUUGGCCUCGAUCGCUCGGUG